AUGGCUUUGCUUCUUCUUGUCAACCUCUACCUUGCCCAUCUCGUGACAUACUAUUUCUACCGCCUCUACCGCCUCUACCACUCUGCCCGCAAGACCGGCCUACGCCUCAUAAUCUGCCCGCUCACGCCGUACACCCCACAAUGGCAACUGGCUACCACACUACUUGGACCCGUCCUGCGACGAUUUCGCUGGUUUAGGGCUAUCGAUUGGACCUGUGCCUGGCACGAUGACGAUAAGCUGCAUCGAGAGUUGGGAAGUUGCUUCAUCGUUGUUUCCCCGGGCCAUAAUGUUCUGUGCACAAGCGAUCCCAAGACAAUCGAGCAUGUGUUGCGGAAGUGGAGGGACUUUGUGAAGCCCGAUAACGUGAAUGAGAUUCUGGGUACGUUUGGACAGAAUGUAGAUACGUCUAAUGGCGAUGACUGGACCCGCCACCGCAAACUCACCGCGCCUUGCUUCAGUGAGCGUGCUUCGACCAUCGUCUGGGGUGAGGCACUCCAGCAAUCAGAAGUCCUGCUUGCCAAAUGGCUCUCAUCGUCCAACACAGAGACCACCAGCAUGAUAAAAGAUACAAGUACACUGGCCUUGAAUGUCAUCUCCUCCGUCGCAUUUGAGAAUCAUCAAGUCAACAAGCCGACCUCGGGACAUGCCUUGUCGUUAAGAGAUUCGCUGGUGACUGUGAUGAGCACAUCCAUCUCGCCAGCGCUAGAGGGCAUCAUGCCAUGGCUAAAAUCAUCCGGCCUGCAGCUUCUACUUCCUGCCAGUGUCAAGAAGCUUCUGCUAGCUAUGAGCGAAUUUAGCCAGUACAUGGAUGAGAUUGUUGCGAGAGAGCGCGAGAAAACAGCGGCGAGCGAGGAGACAAGGAGUCAUCUGAACUUGAUUAGUACCUUGAUCAGGGCAAGUGAUGAAGCGAAGAGUAAUGGGACUCAGACAAAAACCCGUUUAUCCGAUAUAGAACUAAGAGGCAACAUCUUCAUCUUCACAGUCGGAGGCCUAGAAUCGACCGCUAUUACGCUCUCAUAUGCUCUGGCAUUACUAGCAGUGAAUCCUGAAGUGCAAAGCUGGGUUGUCGAGGAGUUGGAUGAAGUGCUGAGCAAUGCAACAGAAUUGGAAUACUCUAGAGUCUUCCCGAUGCUAAAGCGGGUAAUGGCAGUCAUGUAUGAAACCCUCCGCCUCUACGGCCCAAGUCCACCCCUCCCUCGGGCACCAGCGACGCCUAAUCUCGACAUACCCAUCUCCAGCCACAACUCUACUUCCUCCUCAGCCAAUUCACCUGCCACAAUCACCCUCCCGCCAAACACACAACUGAUGCUGAACUCCUGGGCAUCCCACACAUCCGCAGCUCACUUCUCCAACCCCAAACUCUGGAACCCAAAGCGCUGGAUACAUACAUCCCCGACUGCCUCCUCCCUAGCUGCCGAGAAACUCAUGCAUCCUACUUCUGAAUCUGGAUUCUAUGCCUGGGGCUCUGGACCGAGGAUUUGUCCUGGUAUGAAAUUUAGUCAGGUUGAGUUUACUGCUGUGUUGGCUUCGGUUUUGAGGAGAGUGAGGGUGGAGACUGUUGUAGAUGAACGCGAGCAAGAGGGAAAGAGGGAGGAGAAAGCAAGGCAGAGGGUGUUGAGUGUUUUGCGGGAUUCGUGUGCGGAGCCGUUGCUGUUGCAUGUAAGGCGGCCAGAGCAGCUGUCUGUUAGGAUUGUUGAGCGUUAG